UUAGGUGCGGUUUCGAAAGUUGCACCGACCACAGGUUUGGAUGCAAUGGUCCAGUUGGUGCCGAUCGUGGUGCUGGCUCUAUGUGCCAUUAGUGGAGUUCGUUGUGAGUUUGGACUAGAUGUUUCGGCACCAACCGUUACUGCUGCAGUUGCCACUGCAAUCGGAAGUGGGAUAAGUUCUGUGGUUAGAGCGAACGCGUCGAUCAGGGUGGAGCCCAGUGCUGAUAGUAGUGGAACUAUUGACUCACUAAUCGUUAUUGCAAACAAUGUGACCAAUCCGAUGAACAAGCUGCUGGGUAGCAUUUUGGCUGGAGCCAGCAGCAGAAACGCGAACUCUCAGGAUAUGUUCAACAAUUUUACAUCACUGAUAAAGAACACUUCUGCAGCGAUCGUGGCGGCAAAUUCAACCGCAGAAAAAUUGAAUUCCACUACGAAGAUUUACUUGUAUGAUCAAAUAAUGUUGAAUUUGACUGCGUUGGACAAUGCAUUGAGUAACUUAUCUAGUGGUCUAGAAAUUGUUCAAUCGCAAGUGCAAUUGGCAGCCAAUGCAGAGUAUCCACCGACCAUUCUGAACAUUACUGCAUAUUUCAACAAAACCGUGGUGGCGAAUCUUACCACUCCUUUGCGAGCUAUCAGGAGACAUAUCGUGGGAAUAGCAUCUACCAUCAGUACCAUUGCACAAGAACGGAGUCAAGCCAUCGGGUUCCAGACACAGUUCAACGAAUCUAUCACCUCAGCGAUAAGGAGUAUCGAAAGUACCGCGUUGGCAUUUAAUCGCACUGUUAUAGACGUUUAUCAUAGAAUCGGUCAACAACAAGCAAAUACUUUCAAAACAAUCAAUCAAACAUAUACGACAAUAUUAAACCGCGCUGCUUCCUACAAGAUAGACGUUAGUAAUCUCACGCAGUUUCUGUCCGACAUGGCGACAGCCAACGCAAGUUUUACGCAGUUUGUCGAACUAAGCACCAAUUAUAGUAUGGAGCAGGUCACUAAAUCUCUCCAGGAUCAGAACAACUCCAUUACGGACACUCUCUUCGGUGUUAUUAACUACGUAACGGCUCAAUCAGCUACAAACGCAAGCAUCAAUACGGCGUCCUGUAGUCAGAAAGCCGUACAGCAAUUACAGCAGAAUCCAGUUUCCAUGAACCGCCUGGGUAGUUGUAUUCAGUCGGAAACCAACAGCUUUCGAACGACUACACAGUUUGUUCAGACGCAGAUGGAAGCCAUUAAGAGUUCGGCGGCUUCUUUGGGUGCUCAAAUGUCCAGGAUAUGUGCACGGGAAACUGGGCCCUGUAUUUCCUCGUUUUUCGCAGCAUUCCCGGAUCACUCGCAACGGGUUCAAAAUAAGAUUUCCGUCGUGGCUGGAGGAGUUAGCAACGAUGAGCACAUGGUCACCGGGCGGAUUGUCGAUUGCCUAAUGGGAGUUGGCACUGAUAUUGUGGUUAAUGCGCAGAAUAUUCGUAGCAAGUUUGAGGAAUGUUUAAGUGCCUCAAAGGUAGCAACAGUUGAAUGAAAUAAAUAAGUUCAUAUAAAAAUGUA